AGUGUUUCUGUCCUUGUACUGUAGUACAUCAAUACUUAUACAUUCUUCUAAAGGUCUAAAGUAAAUUAUACAAGUAUUUCUGUCCUAAACAGUAGGGCAUCAAUACUUACACUUUCUCCUAAAGGUAGUGUUUUAUAGAAAGUACUGGAAUUAGUUAUCAUGUAUAAGACGUAUUUACAGUAUAUUUUUAACUCCACCAUGUCAUACAUGUAUAAGUUUGUCUCUUGUCAUUCAAAGGGCUUCCAAGGAAGAUGUGGACCCAAAGGAGACAUUGUGAGUAUCACUUUUGUUUGUGAAUGAUUGGAGCCUUCAUUAUUUCAUGAAACACUAACAAAUAUUCAGUUUUCUGCUUGAAGGGAGACCCUGGUGUGGAGGGGCUGGCUGGUGAGAAAGGUGAAAAGGGUAUGUCUGGAGAACCUGGUCCUAAAGGACAGGUGAGUUGUUUGUUGUUUGUUGUUUGUUUGUGACAGGGUAUGUCUGGAGAACCUGGCCCUAAAGGACAGGUGAGUUGUUUGUUGUUUGUUUGUGACAGGGUAUGUCUGGAGAACCUGGCCCUAAAGGACAGGUGAGUUGUGUAUGAUCAUGUGUUAGGUAAAUAUACACUUCAUGCACUUGUAUUCAGCCUACAUUUGUGUGUUUGCAGCACAGAGUGAGGGGAGACCUUGGACAUAACGGUCCAACUGGAGACUCUGGGAAGCCAGGUGAUCUAGGACCCCCUGGACCGCCUGGUCCUCGGGGGUUUGAACGGCAUGAGAGGAGUGCCUGGCAUGCCGGGUAUUGAGGGUCCACCGGGACCAGAUACAUCUGAGCAGCAUGUUAUUGAUGUGGUGCUAAGAAUGUUGCAAGAGAGGCUGGCAGCAGUAGCAGUGAGCACUAAAAGGGCUGUGCUUGGUGGAGUUGCAUCAUGGGAACUCCCCGGCCCUCCUGAACCUCCGGGAUCAACGAGUCCACAAGGACCACAUGGUUUGCCUGCUUCUCCAAAAAUUCCUGGGAUGAUAGGAGCUGAUGGACGGAUCGGAACAAAAGUCUUAAGGUAG